UGUCCCACGGAGGCCACCGUCCCCUGCGGCCGUUAACGUUCACUUAGCGGCGCGCGGAUUGUUUCCCCGGCAACCGCACCCCCACUCCCCCUCCCCCAGCCAUGGACAGUUUCCGCGAGCGCAAGGAGCAGCGGCUGCAGGCCGGCGCCGAUCGGAGCCGCGCGGGGGGAGUGGACCCGGAGAUCAGGGCCCUCGUGGACACACUCAACCGCUCGGAGCGCUUCAGCACCACCAGCUCGUGUUCAGGCCGAGUGCUGCUGCUGGCGGGCUCUGAUCAAACUAAAGUACAAAAACAGAAUUGCUUGUGGUUAUUUGUGACUCAUCAGAAAUGUCGGAAAGAAGAUGUGAUUGCGGGUUUGCUGAAAGCAGAGGAUAAUGCAGUGUUUAAAUUUGAGCCAUUUGUUCUUCAUGUCCAGUGCAGGACAUUAGAGGAUGCACAACUCUUGCACUCUGUCGCUAUAAACUCUGGCUUCAGGAACUCUGGGAUCACGGUUGGCAAGAAAGGCAAAAUAAUGAUGGCUGUUCGCAGCACUCAUUGCCUGGAAGUUCCUUUGUGCCGACAAGGAACGGUAUUGGUGAGUGAGGAGUACAUCGAUUACUUAGUGCAAGUGGCUAAUCAGAAAAUGGAGGAAAAUGAGAAGAGGAGAAAAAGGUUUUGUGCUGGUCUCGAAGCUGCUCUAAGUGCUCCAGUGACUUCUGAACAACUGGAUGAAAAGGUGAACAUAGCUGCCAGUGUGUACACUCGCAGAAGGAGGCAGAGAGCUACCAAGAAAGAACGAGGAAAUGGCGGAGCAACAGCCCAUAGUGAUGGCGAGAGUGACCUCGCAUUUCUGAUGGGCAACACCUGAUCACGACAUUUUAAUCCUCAGAAUGAAAUUGAAGAAAACUGCAGCCCUUGCGCACAGUUGGAGAGCCUGAAGGGCUCAACUGAUAUCUCUGAAAAUCAUCUUUCCACCAACAAUUGGGAUAAUUUAAUCAGAGGUCUUUUUUUCCCCAGUUGUAUGGGUCUUUUUUUUUUCAGACUUUUUUUUUGGUGAACUAAAUUUUAUCCUUCUUCAUUUAAAAACAAAAUGAAGAUUUUAAGUAACAUUAACCAGGUAAGACUGUGACACUUCAGGUCACGUUAGUUGAAAAUUUCUUCAAAUGUUCACUUAGUGAAGGCAACAUAAGACAAAGGUGUUUAAAUAAUGUGUCUCAGAUGAUCCAUGUUAUAUUUAAUUUAAAUACUUGCAAGAGGAAAACAUUUGCAGGGCUGUGAGAAAAGGGAUGGAGUGUAGGAUUGAUUAGCUCUUCAUGAGUUAACACAUGCAUGAUGGGGUGAAUGGCUUCUACUACAUUUGUGAAUAAUAUGAGAGAGUGCAGAAAUAAGUGUAUUUGAUUGACUUUGCACAUGCAUUCCCAGCAAUACAAGUGCAAUUAAUGUUGGCUGUACAGUAAGACACUGACAAUUCCCAUUGUAGUUUUUAUAUGGUAAAACCUCACUAGAUGCUUAGUGUCAACAAAUAAAAUCUGGUGCCAUAUUUCUAGGAGUCAUUAAAAGGUGACCAAAGCCUGGCUAAAGAGUUAGGAUUUAAGAAAUGUCUUAGAGAUAAAGAAAUUCAGGGAAGGAAUCCCAUAAUUUGGAGCCAGGUAUCCAAAGGUACAAUGAAUAAAGGUUAAAGAACGACAUGCUAUUUUAUGGAAUACACACAACACUGCUUCCUAAAUCACUGCAUCUCCAGUCCAACAAGGAAGGAAGCAUUGCUUGAUUAAGUUCUGCAAUGUAAAUGGAGCGAAUAGCUAAUAGAAAGUAAAAGAAAAUUGGGGAAUGGUGACUGCAACACAGUUGGGUUCAUUAUAGGAAAAUGGGAUGGAGAGGUAAUUAAGCAGGACAACUCCGUAACAGGUGAUUAAUCCUCUCCUGGGAAAUGGGUAAACAGUACACAGACUCAGAGAUCAAAAUGGGUGAGGGGUAACAAAACAAAUCUGGUACCAUGGAUAAAUUGAGUAUGAAACUUAAAAGGGAAGCAUGUGUUCCCUUAAAACUCCCGAUAUUGAGAUUAACAGAAAGCUAGGAAGGACUAACUUUUGCAUUGCACCCUUCGCAAUUGUCGGCUGCUCCGAAAGCUGCCUAGCCAAUGAAAUAGAUUCUGUUGGUGAUUUAUCUUAAACUUGGCUUGGCUGGAGAGGCAGGUGUGACUUCUCAGGUCUGCCACAGUGUAAGAGCGGAGCAAAAGGCCUGAGGAUUGUUAAACCGUAGCUCUGGUUUGAAUUAUAAGCCACAGUUGCUUUUUUGUUUAUGACGCUGAUGACGUUUUUGUACUUUUCUUUUUUUGUGAAGCAUGCUGGAUAUUUGAUGGUUCACUAAAAUUCAACAAGACAGUCGCCUUCUUCCUAUUCCAAUUAUGAGGGUAAUUGGGCAUUUAGUGUCGGAAAUAGCAGUCCAUGGAUACAAUUCAGCUGCAGAAUUCCAAAAAGAAAUACUGAGCUUACUGUUUGUAUACAAAUCAUGACUGGUGGCUACUUAGUUCUGUUAUGAUGUAUAAACUUAACCUUGGCUUCUGUGCACUAAAACUGCUUUUGUUGCAAAAUUUUUAUUUUUAAUCAAAAUACUACUGUUAACAUAAUUAUCAUUUUUGGGCUGUACCUGAAUUUAGUUUCUCCUCUCUUAUCCUUUUUUUAUUUUUUGAUGUACGAAGGGGUGAGGGUCUUCAAUGAAUAUAGAGGCUGGAGAAGUUGGGCAAAGAAGGUUAAAGAGGACUUAAUCAAACUGUUCAAAAUUGUGAAGUGAAUUUGAUAGAGUAAGGAAGGUGAAACUGUUUCCAGUGGCAGGAGGGUCAGCGAUAAGACAGAUGCAAAUCUGAGGGAGAUAGCAAAAGAAAAACUGUCUGGGAGGGAAUGAGGUAUUUUUUAAAAAUACAGUGAGUUGCUGUGAUCUGUAAUGCACUGCCUGAACUGGCAAUGGAAGCAAAUUCAAUAGUUUCAGAAGGGAAUUAGAUCUGUACUUCAAAUAUUUGCAGGGCCACGGCAAAAGAGUGGGGAAAUAAAAUUAUUUGGAAUGCUCGCUCAACAAGCGAGCACAGACCCAAUGGGCCAUAAGGUCCUCUUUGUAACGUGUGAUUCCAUAAUUGAUCAGGAGAUAUGUGUUACUUGAUAAGGCUGACAUUUUACUGUCACACAGUUUUCCUGAAGGCAGGAGUGGAUUGGCUUCGUACAAACUGGAUUGCUACACUCUGCUUUGUUCGGCCCUUUCACAGAGAAGGAGCAUUAGAUUGUGUUGAUAUGGGUCUGCAGCAACAAAGGAAGACCGGGUAAGGACAACAGGUUCCUUUCUCAACAGGACUUUUUUUUUUAACCAAGUUGACCUUUUAUGACAAUACAGUAGCCUUGCAGUCAUUUUUACUGGAAGCAGCUUUAUAUUUUCAAUAUUUAAACUGAAUUUAAAUUAUCCAUGUAAUUUAAAUAGGUAUUCCUGGAUUAUUAAUCCUGGUGCCCAUUUAGCCACUAAAUAACUUUAAACACAGAAUGGUGUUGUGUACAUUUUUUAAUAAAGGUUUAAACAAUUCUUUUCUGCAGUCUGAUCUACUUCUUACAUUUCCUGAAAAAGCACUACAGCAGCUGAGUAAGAUUGACUGCAUUUCCCAAUAGGAAAUAGUGUUAGAUUUUUGUAGACUUCUCUAUCAAGCCAGUAGAUGGUGUGACUCUGUAACAGUCUCUCACUACUGGCUAGUACUUGAUUCUGAAGCAGUGGGUGAUGGUUUAGCAAAAAUCUCCAACCUCCAAUUAAAUAUGGAAGAUGGCAGAUUGAAGCUAUUGUUUUCAGUCCCUGCUCCAAACCAAAUUUCUACUACCUGUGAUCCAAUUCCUCCCUAUCAACAGUCUGCAUCUGUUCACAAAUUUAGUGUCAGGUGAGUUUCCAACCUCAUUUUCAUGCCAUUGUUAAGACCAUACAGUAUAUCAGGAGGCAAUCUCCACACAUUGGCGAUUAAACACCUUAAAUAUAAAUAUUUAUUGGUUAUAAAAACCCAUUUGUAUCACUAAUACCCUUCAGGGAAGGAAAUCUGUUAUCCUUAUCUGGUCUGAUCUGCACAUGACUCCAGACUCUCAAUGUGGUUGACUGUUGAACAGCUGUCCGGGUAAUUCAGAAUGGGUAAUAAGUGCUGGCCUAGCUAGCAAUACCUGCAUCAUAUGAAGGAAAAAGAAAAUAAAAAGCUUUAAGGAUUUAAACUUGUGAAAAUGAAUAUUGACACAGAAUAACAACUACAUGAAGAUGUCUAUCAAGCAAAGUCACUGAGAACCAUGACCUAAAAUACACUUGUCAGUGGGAGCUCAUAUACACACCUGUUGAGAACUGUUGACAUCGAGUUGGCAAGGAGCCAUGAGGAUGAGGGGGCCAUGUGAUGUGGCCUGAGAACUAUAAGGGACAGGUGGGCAGGGUGUUUUUUUCUUUCUUGCUUAUAGGCUGUGGGUGAAUGAGCCUAGAGAAGGUAGUGGUAAGCUGCCCUCUUCAACUACUGCAGUCCAUGUGCUGUGGGUUAACCCACAAUGCCAUUAGGGAGGGCAUUCCAAGUUUUUGACGCAGUGACACUGAAGGAAUGGCAGUGUAUUUCCAAGUCAAAAUGGUGAGUUGUUUGACUACAAGGAGAUUUGGUGCACUCUGAAAGGAGCUAUAGAAAUCCAAAUCUACUUCAAAGAGUGAAAGGGAAGAACAAUAGAUUGUGAUAUUCAGCAGUGGAUUAUAGUUUUGUUUUACCAAAAAGUCCCACCGAGGGUAACUGGGAAACCCAUGAUUUGGGGAUGACAAGCAGUAGAAGACACAAGGUGUGGAGGAGGGUUGGAAAUUGACUUUACAAAUCCAUUUCAGAUGCAAUUGUGAUUAUAGUUUUCCGUCAUGGCUAAGUUAUAACAUUUAAGUCAUUGGAGUGUGGUUAAUAUUGUAGAAUUCUUUAACAAGACCAGAGAGGUAAUGUAACACUAAUAAAUUAUUUUCUUUCCA